AUGAAUUGCGUAACAGAAUGUUGUGAUAAGGGUAUAAUGGUAGAGGAAAAGUGUAAGUGUGAUAUAGGAUCAUUUGGUGAUGAUUGUUAUUAAAAUUUGUAAGACAUUUACAUAGCUACUUAUUAUACUUUUAUUGGGAUUUAUAGUGUUGCAUUUCUAUCGAUAUUAUUGGUAACUGUAAGUUAAUUUGAAAAUUCUUUGAAGACUUAAAGAAUACCAUCUUAUUAUACGUAAUAUGAUAUAUUUUAUUUAAGUUUUUUUUAAUAUGCAUAUGCACUAGUUGGGUCUCCUUAGAAUUGCAUUUUAGUAUUAACAAUGGUUUUAUCAACAUGUAAAUUAAUAUGGUUAAUAUUGGAUCCGUUUGAAAUCUAUGUAAGAUAAUUAUCUAUAAAGGUUUUAGGGAGGGAAUUCAACAGUUAUUGAAAGAUUACUAGCCGAAAUAGUAUAUACAAUACUGUUUUAUAUCUACGGUUGCUUAUUGAUAGUGUGGUAUACCAUGUAUGAUGAGAUUUCAUAUAAUAUUUAUUAAGGAGAAGGGAAAAAGCAAAGGAAGUGGAUAUUCAAAUAUUAUAAGGAAGCAUUGAAGAUACGAUUGUUUAUUGUGUUAUUGGUUUAGAUAACGGUAAGUACAUUAAAUGGUAAUUUAAGUUAUAAUUAAAGGUUUAAGGAAAAGUUUGUAGUAUCCAAUCUUUUUGAUGAUUUGUUACAUAUUUUUAAUGGUUAACUUCUUUUUGUUCAUAAUAGAAUUCAUCAUAUAUGGUUCUUCAUUGUAAAAUUGUAUAAAAGACUAGAUUACAAAAUGUAGAUAGUAGUUUAGAAUACAAAAUUCAGGAAUGGAAUAAACCAUAUAAUAAUAAAUUAUAAAAGAGGAGAGUUUUAGUAAAUCUCCUGAAUCAGUUUAAAGAGCAGCAAGAUUAUCUAGAGAAAUAAGUAUUGAGGAAGAAAAUAAUUAAUUUUAGGAUGAAGUGAAAUAAAUAGAGGAACCAAAAAUAAAGAUUGGAUAUGCAAAAAUCAAAUCUGUGUCAUUUGCAAGAACAUUUGUAAAAGGAGUUAGGGGAUCAGCAUUUAUUAGAUAAGAAAGUUUAAAAUAAUUGAAAUCUAAUAAAUCUAAUUAGUAAAAUUAGGAUUUAAAUACUGAUCAAUCUGCAAAGGAUUUAGAUAAUCAAUUUAAGUAGGAAUAAAAAGAUGAAGAAAUCAAUAGUUGUUGUUUAAAUGAAAAUUAAUCUAAUUCUAUGUAAUGGGAAAAUUAAGAUGAUAGAUAAACUUAUAAAGAUACUGUCAGAAUACAAAUAAAAGCUAUCAAAGAAACUAAAGAUACUGCUGAAUAUAAAAAAGAAUUAUAACCAAAAUAAAGGGAUAGAAAUGAUUCAAAAAGAUAGUAAAAUAUUGGAAUCAAUCAAUAUGAUUACAAAACAUCUAUUCAUUAUUAAUCUGAUGAAUAUUAAGAGAAAUUUAAUCUAAAAUCUUCUAAUUUAGCUAUUGACAGACAAAUCUUAUUCAAGAUAUAAUUGUUAAUUUAUUUUGGCAUUAUGUUAGAAAUACUAUUUGGAGGAUUAAGCAUAACUGUAUUAUUAACAGAUUUGAUUAGAGAUCCUAUUGGAGUAUUGGUUUAUUUAUAUGGAUCAUCAACAUUAUAGUUUUUCUCCUUGAUAACAGUAUUGAAAUUAUUUAGAGACAUAAAAAAUCAAGAAAUAAAGAAUCUAAUUUGGAUUCAGAAGGUGGGUAAUCAGAAGAAUAAAAUAAACUCACAAUAUGUUUUCUCAAUCCCUUAAGAUUAGAAAGAAGAUGCAUAAAAAUUGAAAUUCGAAAAAAGAAUUAAUAUGAAUACUUUAUAUUGA